AUGGUUGACAAAGAUCCACAGUUAAGCGCUCUCGAUGUUGGAGAAUUAGAUUUAUUUGUCCAAAGUAUUGAGCCAUGGCGUAUUGAAAGUAUCGGAAAUCAAUCAUGGCUGGAUUGGCAUAUACGCCUGCAGAAAUUAAAUCAGCAGGCUGUUUUAGAGGCGUCUUCUAUUCAAGAAGAGCUUACAAAGGAAACUCUUAUAUCUCAUGGAAAGCUCCCAGUGUUAGUCAACGAAGCAAUAUGCAUCCAAGUGUGGCGUACCAAAAUAUAUCCCCAAAUAAUGAAACUGGAGCCUGCACCCUCUCAUACGUUUGGUAUUUACAUGGUGCUUUAUCACGAAGCAGCUGCGGUUGGUUUGUUAGAAACUGUUCUCUUCCAUGAAGAUGGUGCUCAGUGCAUCAGUGAAGUGGUCAUCGAUUUAUUACACUAUGCCGUUGACCAACUUACUGCUCUAGUCGGACUAAUUAACUCUGGCUACUUGAAGCCUCUUACCGCUAAGGAUAUAGAAUGCGAAACUACGGGUGAAGAACUCGAGAGACAGAAAAAAGAUCUUCAAUUUGACAUCAGUAUGCGAUGUAUAUCUAUUGUUCGGUAUUUGACGGAGCACAUGGAAAUCGCCGGGGUUGGCGCGUCCUUGGCAACCAAUUUGUAUAAGACGUAUGACGUGCCAUCAAUUCUUUGCCAUCUGAUCAACUUGGCUCCCUGGAAGAAAGUCGGAGACGACGGAGGGAUGCAAAUUUUUACUUUCGGUCGCUGGACCACACCUACUGCCGAAGAUUUGUCUCAGCUACACCGGAGUGAGGCGCAGCUGUGGUUGUGUUUACGACAACUGCUUUUGGAACCUCGUCUUCAACAUCAUUACAGUAUUGAUGAAUGUCGGCGUGCUUCGUUUUGUUCUCUACAAGCCAAGAUCACCGAAACAAUGUUAGACCAAGUGCCACCACUUGGAGACCUUAAGAUGUUCUUAUGCAGAUUGGCCGUUGGAGAUUACUCCAGUUUGCAUAACCGUUCCAAUGGUGUGAAAAAUCCGGGGUGUACUCUAAUCGAAAUCGUCCCACAGAUAAAAGAAUCUUAUUUGAAAGAAGUCCAUAAGCGCACCAAAAUCAUAGCCAAAGCCCAGCUGGAGCGUUUUCGUCUAGACGGCUCUGAGGAGUCCAAAUCAAUGGCGAAGAAACUACUCGAAUCGUACACAAGCGAUACAGCGCUCGCGCUUGACAGUGGUGGAGCAAAGUGCGCGAAAUGCGGAGACAAAGCGAGCAAGAAGUGCUCCAGGUGCAAGACUGAAUGGUAUUGUGGAAGCAAUGACGCAAACUUGCCAGUAGAGAAGUAUUCAACGUCUGAAGUCACCCUUGAUGGCGAAACGUCCAUAACUACUUUAUGUCCAUUAUUUUAUUACAGGGAGUGCCAAGUUCAACAAUGGCCUAAGCACAAGGAAAUAUGCGAUCAAUUUGCUAAACUAUGCAUGUAA